AUGUCGAGAUCCUUCCUAGUGGACGCCUUGAUGAGUGAUACUAAAGAUACUAACACGGAGAUGAAGAGCGAACAUCUAGCGUACAACUUGGGUAACUUGGACACGCGACCCAAGUUCCUGCCGUACCCUUACCCCGGGAGUAUCAACCUCCUGUCUCUCGGACUACAGCAGCAACGAGCGCCGGACCUGUUCCGACCCUUCCUGGAACAACUGAACUUUCGCUACCCGAUGUUACACCAGCUACCUCGACAGACGGAGUUUUUUGGACCCGCUCACGAGACUCGCCCGUUCGAAGGCUUCAAAACCGAAGAUCAGGAGACUGGUUUAGUGAAUAGAGCUAAGAAAUCUGUGUCACCGUAUUUGCACCAUCCUUAUAAAUCGACCGCGACCUCGCCAGCCAAGAGUCAAGGUCAAAGGUCACCGUCUUUAUCCAGCGACAGUCGCAACGGCUCUCCAAGCCCGCCUCUAGGACAUCCCGAGGAACUCCUGCCAGGAUACUCCAAGGAAUUGAAACGUCUGCCAUUAAAAGAAGAUUCGAGCAAACGAAUCCGAACAGCUUUCACUGGGACGCAACUCCUCGAGCUAGAGAGAGAGUUCUCCAUGAACAUGUACCUGUCUAGAUUGAGAAGAAUAGAGAUAGCUUCCAGGCUGAAGCUGUCAGAGAAACAAGUGAAGAUCUGGUUCCAGAACAGACGGGUUAAGCUCAAGAAGGAAGAGAACCCGCUGACUAACGAAGGCAGAGGGAAGAGAUGCUGCUGUAACAAGGGAACCUGUUCUAAGAGUUCUACCUCCUGCGAAGAAGACCAAGGACAGAUAGAUGUAGUCGAUUAUGAUGGGUGUGAAGCCCAGAACCUCUCCCGCUACUCCUGA